CGGAUCCACAUCCCCGCCGGGCCGGCUCUCACCGACUCGACCAAUCGUGGUGCUCGUGACCGUCUACCCCGUCCAGUCCACCUUUUCCUCUUCCUCUCCUACACUCCACCGGCCGCCGCGCCACGCCACCUCGUCGCCGACGGAGCCCCUCGCCCGCGGUCGCGAAGAGAGAGGGGGAGGGGGUGGAGAUGGGGAACAUCUUCGUGAAGAAGCCCAAGAUCACGGACGUGGACAGGGCCAUCCUCACCCUCAAGACGCAGCGCCGGAAGCUCGCCCAGUUCCAGCAGCAGCUUGAGAAGGUGAUUGAAGCAGAAAAGGAAGCUGCACGUCAGUUGGUUCAACAGAAGAAGAGAGACAGAGCUUUGAUUGCUCUGAAGAAGAAAAAAGCCCAGGAAGAGCUACUGAAACAAGUUGACACAUGGCAAAUGAAUGUUGAACAACAGCUGGCAGACAUUGAACUAGCAAGUAAACAAAAGGCUGUAUUUGAUAGCCUGAAGGCUGGAAAUGCUGCACUUAAGUCUAUACAGAAUGAGAUAAACAUUGAUGAUGUCCAAAAGUUGAUGGAUGACACAGCCGAGGCUAAAGCUUAUCAAGAUGAAAUAAAUGCUGUUCUGGGCGAGCAGCUAUCCGCUGAGGAUGAAGAAGCUGUUAUGGCUGAAUUUGAGAAUUUGGAAGCUCAGCUUGCCAUGGAGUCUUUGCCAGACGUUCCUGUUACUGAAGUACGACCUGAAGAGAAAAUGAAAGCACCGGCUGACACAGAAGCUGCACCUGAGGACAUCGAUGAGGUUAUUGAGCUGCCUGAUGUGCCUACUAAAGCGCCAGAGAGGCCAGAAGCUCCAGAAAAAACAAAAGUUUUGGAAGAGCUACUACCUGCCUAGUGGAUGGAGAUGAGAUCAGUUUGCAGUUGUUGUAACAUAUCCACCAUUUCAUUGUACUACCUCAUUUUCGGCCAUCUCAGAAUUUUAUUGUGUACAGCAUCAAAAUAUGUUGUCUUCGACUACCAAUUAUUGCCAAGUUUCUCCCUCAAAAAAAAAUCAUUGCUAAGUUGGAUUGCUCGUUGUCCAUUUAUAGUUCUAUCCUAACAGGUAAUUAUAAUAUUCUCAAUGCAUUUCUUUGAAGGCAGAAAUGCUGAAGUUUUCAAGCGUAUGUCUUGUUCCGUAAGAAGAUUGUUCUGUUCAAAGCUGUAAAAUAUAUUAAUUUUUAAGUA